AUGCUCAUAAUCAUUUCACUCGUUCUUCUCUCAAUCCUACCUUUGGUCAAGUGCUUGGAGGAGGGAACUGUGGAGUUGGCUUUCAUGGGUUUUCAACAUAAGUUCGGUAAAAAUUACGAGUCUAAGGAGGAAGAAGUCAAAAGGAAUGCCAUCUUUCAAGCCAACCUCCAUCACAUCGAGCAAGUCAACGCUAAAGAUCUGUCUUACAAGCUGGGCGUCAAUGAGCAUGCGGACCUCACACACGAGGAGUUCGCCGCUCUGAAGCUCGGCACUUUGAAGAUGAGUACGAGAAGGGAUGAUAAGUUUGUUAUUGAAGCUGACACUACACAGCUCCCAACUUCGGUGGAUUGGAGGAAUAAGAAUGUAUUAACCCCAGUUAAGGAUCAAGGUUCCUGUGGGAGCUGCUGGGCUUUCUCCACGACCGGUGCCCUCGAGGCGCAGUAUGCCAUCGCUACAGGUAAGCUUUUGUCGCUCUCCGAGCAGCAGCUUGUGGAUUGCAGUUCCGGCUAUGGGAACAAUGGCUGUGAAGGAGGCCUCAUGGACGAUGCUUAUGAGUACAUAAAGUCAGCUGGCCUCGAUCAAGAGUCAACCUACUCUUAUAAUGGUACAGACGACGUUUGUCAAGGCUCCCUUGCGAAACGGUCCGACGGCAUCCCGGCUGGCGAAGUUACCGGCUUUCACAUGCUAGAUAAGACUGAGCAGAGCUUGAUGAAAGCGCUGGCGGAUGCUCCGGUCUCCGUCGCCAUGUAUGCCGCGGAUCCCGAUUUUCGCUUUUACAAAUCCGGAGUGUAUUCAUCUGCAACCUGUAAUGGAAAACUUGAUCACGGUGUUGUGGCGGUUGGUUAUGGCACCGAAAAUGGAUCAGAUUACUUCAUCAUCAGAAAUUCUUGGGGAUCCUCCUGGGGCCAAGCUGGAUACUUCUAUUUAAAGCGAGGAGUUUCUGGUUACGGUGAAUGCAACAUUCUCGAGUACAUGUGUGUUGCUACGCUCAAGUCUGGCUAA